UGGUGGGUGCGGCGAACAGUGCGAAAAGGCAAGACAAAGCGUUAACAACGUGAAACGAAAUGUGCGGACGUGAAAUACGUAAAUAGUGUAAGUGAUUGAGAGAAAAAAAUAUAAUAUAUUUGUCAUACGAGUAUGUAUAUACGCGUGUAUCUAUAACAAGUAUAUGCACGUUGUAUAGCGGCGCGGUAAAUUCACUACGCGAUAAAAGGUCAAUCAUUAAAAGCAGAAAGCGUUCAAUUAUCACUCGCUGUACUUAUUUAUAUGUAUGUAUAUUGAAAGAUUAAUGAAUUGACAUAUCUACAUAUGCUUUAUUGAAUUUUAUGCGCCAUCUGAGUGCCAAGUCGGUUGCAGCACAAGAAACGUACUGAAAAUUGAAGUGAAACAAAGCGUCGGCGAAACCUUAAGAGUUAUAUUGUAUUUAUGUACGUUCAUACAUGCUGUACAUAUAUACAUAUGUAUAUUUAUAAUUAAAAUUGUGUAGCAUAUUUAUUGUGUGAGUGUGGGUGUACAUAAAUACAAGAUAUAAAUGAAAUAACACAGCAUUCGACUUAACUCUAUGAUUGACGCAGCCGAAAAGAGCCGGCAGCAAAGGGACGAAUAUAAAUAUAAAAGUUAUUUCCACGCACACAUUUACGUGUCCACUUCCGUCUUGUGACAAACACAGUAUUUAAAAUCAAAAAUAUACAGAUAAAUUAUAUUCCACAAUACAUAUACACACACACAUAUAUACACGCAUAUACGUGGUGAUGACCUGGUUUACGAGCAUAACUACGUCGUGUGACGGUAACUUCCGGCAUAAGCGGAAGUUUCACGGCUAUUUGUUUUUGGCAUGUGCUUUACUGCUGAUUGUGGUGAAUGCGACGCCGGUGAAUGCACAUCCCAAGGAGACGGAGUCAGGUGAUGUUAUCGUGCCGCUGGACGAAGCACUGCCGCUAAGUGAGGAAUACGAUGAUGUGGAUAAUAUUGAGUUUCAUCAGGCCAAACUUGUGGAUGGCGUGCUACAGGAGGAACAUCCGGUUAUUAUGUAUAAAGAAGAUUUUGUUAGCGAAGAUUUUGUACCGAAAAAGAACCGAACCCACCGUUUGCGCAAACACAGAGAUCCAGCGCAUCGUCGUCGUCGCUUAAACGAACAGGCGGAAACGGAAAAAUAUCAUCCUCUACAACCGGAAAAAAUCUAUUUUGAUAUUCUCUCUUCAGCACCAAUUGUUACCUCCGAUGAGUCCAAGUCUGCCUCCUCAAAGGCGCAUGUCGAGGUAAUCUCUUUAGCGGAAGCAGACUCACCGAAGAUGGUGGAGGGUGAAGACGAAGUGAAGCGUGUGCUUAAUAAACGUCCGAAGAAAUAUCAUCAUCGCCGACAGCGUCGUGAGGCCGACGAAAGCAUUUAUCACCGCGAACACUUGGUACAGAAGCGUCACCAAAAUCCCUACUAUCGUGUUAGCGGUGUUAACAGCAUUUAUCGUGUUCCAGUUUAUCAACCCAUUCCCAACCAGUACUAUUUGCCGAGCUAUUCCCCAGUGAAACACUACCAAAAAAAACCGGUUCAGGGAAAUUAUCAUAAUGGUCCCGUUAACGUGCCACCCACACCUAAAAUUACCGUCGGUACAAGAUUCGGCGGCCCCGAUAAUACUGAUCGUGUAAUUUGGCGAGAUUAUACGCCAACUAGGAAUCCCAAUCAACGCGCAAAUGUCACAGUUGGGGCACCCAGACCGCUAUUUUCACGCCGUACAACGGAGGCGCCAAACCUAGCAACUGUACCCCCCCGAAGUAAUGCAAAACAACCAGUUUCGGGACCUGUUUUUAAUUCCGUAGGCACAGAAGCUCCACCAUCCAAGAUACCACCAACACCACCAACACCACCCACGGCAGCUCCACCCGCCACUGCUUGCGUUUGGGCCAUAACCAGUUGUUGCUUACCCAAUGACUCAACAGUGCGAUACAGAUGCUUCCAACAAUAUGGUUGUAAUUAUGUCUUUUGGAAUUUGAAUCCCUGUGCGGAUAAUAUACGUGACAAUGUCAUCGAUUAUCUGAAUCAACAAUUCGAAUAAACGAAACGAAAUUAUCGAAACGUGCAUACAUACAUAAAUAUGGGUCUAUGUAUAUACUCGUACACUCAGGUUUGCCUUGAGCGUAUGGGUAUUGAGGCAUACAAAUUUCACAAAGCAUUUAUUAACCAUAGCUUAGUGUGUAAGAUUAAGUUACUGUAAAGCUUCUAAUGUUUUUAUAUAUAUUUUUAUU